ACUACGAAGAGAGACCGUACCUUAAACUUCUGCAGCUGUCACGACUUUCCCAAACUACACCAGUCUUCAAAUCCUUCCCCCAUCAAACAAUGAAGCACGAGACCCUCACAUCCACCAAGUCCAACCCUCUUCUCGCAGCCAUUGCCACCCAAACCACAACGUCCAUUCUCACCAGCUGGCCCUUCUCGACCAACGCCUCUCGCUCACGUUUCCUCGCCGCCGAUAUUCCGAGCUUGACGUGCUGCCUCUUUCCCUACGCCAUCGAAGAAAGGAUCCACAUCGCCGCAAGCCUAGUAUCUCUACUCCUCCUUCUGGACGACGAGCUGCCCGAACUGAGCGUCGACGAAGGGGAGGAGUUUCUGGAGUACUUGCGAAGUGCAGUCGGUGGCGGCUGGCAGGGAGAGGAAGAUGAGGACCGGCCGGCGGUGAGCAUGUUGAGUGGCGUAUUGGAUGAGUUGAGGGGCACCGAUUACGAAGUUGGAGGGGAAGUGGUGGGUGCCAUGUGGGAGUGGUUGAGGUCACGCAACGUCAGUCGAAGAUCGAGGAGAAGCGGUCCCGAUGUCAUGAGAGACUUUUAUCGAAGUGUUGAAGGGACGGAGUUGAGGUGGCAUUUGAUGAGGUUUGUGAUGGAUGUGAGUGCGGAUGGGGAUUUGGAGAGGUUGGGGUUGAGAAGUCCGAGGAGGAAAGUUGUGGAGGAUGCCGACCGGGGACGGACGCGGAGGAGAAGGAAGCAGACCAGACAGAUGAUGCAGAUGCACGUCGCAGUCAGCAUUCUUUCAAGUGCCAGCAUAUUCCAGUCUUCGAGGGUGCGUUGGGCUUCGAUCGAUCAAGAGAACUUCAAACAGCUCUCACUCCAGGCAACGGAGAGCGGUACGAUGUAA